AUGCCCGGGGCAUGCAACAACCUCAACGUCCUAGCAAAGUCCCCGUUGUUUGACGAGCUUACUGCCGGUCGAGCACCAAAGAUCCAAUUCCAAGUGAACAAUAGAGUUCAUAAAUUGGGUUACUAUCUCGCCGAUGAAAUAUAUCCUAGGUGGGCGACUUUCGUGAAGACCAUUCCAAACCCCACACGACCCAAGGAAAUUACAUUUGCCAAGGCUCAAGAGGGAUAUAGGAAAGACGUGGAGAGGUGUUUUGGUAUUUUACAACCACGCUUCGGAAUUGUUAGAGGAGAUGCUCGGGGGUGGGAUAAAAAGGAUCUCCGAUAUAUUAUGUUGGUUUGUAUUAUCUUACACAACAUGAUAGUUGAGGACGAACGCCUUGAAAAUACCGAUGAGGAUUUAGAGUUUGACGAAGAAGAGGACAACAAUAUGAGGCCAAAGAUAACAGAAGUUUGGGAUGGACCUACUAGGCAAGAUUUUGAGGAAGUUGGUAGAGAUGCUCAUACUUUUGAAGGUUUCGUGGAGCAGUACAAUGAAAUUAGAAAUCAGUACAAUGAAAUUAGAAAUCAGUACGAUCACUCAAACCUUCAAGAAGAUCUUAUCGAGCAUUUAUGGGAAGUGCAAGGCAACAUGGAUAUCUAG